UUCUGGUUCUCAACUCCCUCUGGUCACACUAACCGGUUAUUUACACAAUUAUUUCGUAAUUUAAAGUCAUAUUUUAUCAAUGAAUUAAGAUAAGAAGCGCGCAGAACUAUUCUCAAAUGACUUCUCAGAUCUACAGCCAGAAGAAGUUCGUGCCCACGCCGCCCGAGAAGGGUUCCUUUCCUCUGGACCACGAGGGUCUCUGCAAGAAACAAUUCCUGCUCUACGCCAGUUGUCUCCGCAAGAACGCCCAGGAUACGAGCCAGUGCCGCCAGGACGCCCGGAAUUAUCUGGCCUGCCGCAUGGACAACAAUCUUAUGGAGAAAACCGAGUGGUCCAAAUUGGGCUUUCACGACCAGAGCACCAAGAGCGAUAAAAAAGCUCCGGAGGUCCAGAAGCAGUAGCCGGCAUUGAGAAAGAACCAUGAAACCCGAACGUAAUGUGAUGAUAGCGGCCACCGGAAGUGUGGCCACCAUUAAGUUAGCCCAGUUAAUCCGGGAGCUCUCCGACGAGCGCCUGCCCUUCAAGUUCCACCUGAAAGUACUUAUUACCGAAUCAGCCAAGCACUUCUUUGAACUGGAGCAAAUUCCCGAAAAUGUACCCAUUUACCACAAUCGCGACGAGUGGAUCACCUGGAACAAGCGAGGAGAUCCCGUGCUGCAUAUAGACCUAGGCAAGUGGGCGGAUUUGCUGGUGAUUGCCCCCCUCAGCGCUAACUCUCUGUCCAAAAUGGCCACCGGGAUUUGCGAUAAUAUCGUCAUGUGUGUGGUGCGGGCAUGGGACCUUCAGAAGCCGCUGCUCUUCGCACCUGCGAUGAAUACUCGUAUGUACGACCAUCCAAUAACUCGAGAGCAGAUCGACAAGCUGAUAAGUUGGGGCUAUAAAGAGAUACCCUGCAUCUCCAAGACUCUGAUGUGCGGGGAUACUGGAAACGGUGCCAUGGCAGAGGUUCCUACAAUUGUGGAAGCGGUGCUAUCUGCAUUUCAGCCAAGUAACUAGUUAAAUUCAAAUGUUAUACACACAAAGUUUAUAUCGCAGAAUAUUUUGUGACAAUAGUUAGACAAAUAAUAUGGAAUUGGCUAUGAACUCUUA